AUGUUCGGUAACCCGCAAGCUACUGAUGCGGAGAAUAUUCUUCAGAUGUUUUUAGAAGCACCAUAUGACGCUGAAACUACUCCUGAAAAGAUUGGUUCUUGUGAUUUAGAGGUGGAAGAGGACUCGAUUGAUCCUUUAGAUGCAGUAGAUGAGAAUAUGCACAGUAGUAAAGCAAUUAUUCAUCAGUCGCCCUUCAGUAUUGAAGCCAUUCGCCGAUUUCCUCAGCUUUCUGAGUUGUUGGAUUAUGGUAAAAAAUUCGAAAAUGUAACAAAUCCUCUUUUUUGUCGUCGGAUUAUUUUGGUCUUUUAUAAGUGGUUUGCCUACUUACCCUUAUGGACAUCUUUACUUACCGAAUUUGAAGCGCGAUAUUCGAAUGACCGAACACCAGUUGACAUUGGUAAAUAUGAAGAAGGUCGUCUAACAAAUGCUCAAAUAGAAUGCUAUUUUGGUAUCCUAAAAGAUUCAACUUUUGAAAGAAAAACAAACCUGCAACCAGCAGAGGUGACUGUAUCGCUCUAUCGAAGUAUUCAGGCUCAACUGAAAGCAGAUAAAUUCGGAGUUAGCCAACAUGCAAAAAAUCGUAGGGGAAAACCCAAAGAUAUGAAUGUAGAGGAGGCUUGGGGUAAGAAGAGAGCUCAAAAGAAACAACGAAGUACAUAUUUCAGUCGAAUUGAUAAAUAUAAUAAAAAACGGCUGGCAUCAAAGCCGAUCAAUCCUGUAGCAAAAACGAGUUUGUCGGACAAGCCACCUUACAUUUCCACCAAUUUAGGGGAAAAAACCAGCUGCAUUUUAAAUGAUAUAUCUAAUGCAACUUUGUCACAUAAUUUACCUGAUUCUCCACCUUCAAAGUUCACAGACCUUUUCGGCGGUACGGAUUUUUUAAAGAAUAUAAGUCCUUCCAGUAAUGCACGGGCAGUGUCAGUAUUUAAUGAACCAAUGUCUCCACCAAAUAUUUUUUCAAGUAUAAAACUUGACAGUUCGUCCAAUGUUUUGUCAACACCGAAACAAGUAAAAACCGUGUGCAAAAAUGAAAAUAUACAGAAAGAAAAUUCUGAAAGUAAACAUGAAAAGCAGCAAAAUCAAAGCAAAAAUGGUAUUCCACUAAAACAUUUCUCAGUCCUGUUAAUAUACGUACUUUUUUGUAGUAGAGACAAGAAAGAGUAA